GUGUAUAUGGGGCCGCCUCUCCCCAUAUACUCAUUUUAGCGCCUCAUUUAGCGCCUCUCGUUGGCGCCUCAUUUUAGCGCCUCUCGUUGGCGCCUCAUUUUAGCGCCUCUCGUUGGCGCCUCAUUUACCUGUUAUCACAUUAUAGUUAGAGGAGAGUGUAUGUAAUGCUUAUCAAUGAAGCUAUUUGAUAAAACGUAUUUUAGCGCCUCAUUUUAUAUUUGAUAACAUAUUUCACCGCCUCCCUCCGUAUACUUGCAAAGAUAAAAUUACCCUUCACCCUUCUCCAACCAAAUGAGAUUUAUUAUUUCUGUUUCUUUGAAUAAACAACCAACCAUAUUUCAAAUCCUUCCCCACCCUCUUCAGAAAUAUCUAUAAAUCGAGGUCGAACGUAAGAAAACUCCUAUUGUGUUGUCGUAUGUCUUAAUCGUGUGUGAUUAGUGAAGUAUAUUAGUGCGAUAUUCAAUAUGAACAUAAGUGCAGGUGUAAAAAAUGUUAAAUUAUCCACACGGUAUCCAUCUCAACCCGAUUUUGUUAUGCUGGGAACAUCUGUAUUCAAUUUGAGUUUUAUAGAUAGAAAAUUCAUACACAUCGGUUGCACAUGGAUUAACGAUCGUUACUCACCAGUGGUAAUAAUAAUAACACAGACUAUGUAUUUAUGGAUGGACAUCUUUAAGUUUACUGAUUUUUUAAAUUUAAUCGAUGAAAUGAUAUCGUUCAUGGAUGAUUCAUGUAAAUCAAAAAUUUAUCUAAACACAAAUUUCAACAUUGUAAAAUCUAAAUGUUUCUCGAAAAAUUAUCUGUCGAUUUCGGGUAAAGGUAUUGAAGAACAUAGAAUGGGACGUGUAUCAUUGACGGAAGAAAAUCUAAUUGUUCUGAAAGAAAUGAAAUCAUGUCUUCUGGAGGUAGCAAAAGAGAAAUUGGAAACUUGUAAAUUAUUGUGUAUGCAGAGUAAAGAAGUUUCUGAAAAAAUAAAGGAUUUAGUAAUAAACAAGUUUUUACUAUUACCCGAAAAUUUAAUGUACUCGAUCGUCAAAAAUACGGAUAUAUCAGUUAUGUCAAAAACAUCGACCGCAUUGUACAAAGAAAUCGUUACUUUCGAUUAUAAAUGUAUUAUUAAACGUAUUUGGGAACAAUUCAUAGUGGAUUUCAAACAUCAAACCAAUCAGGAUAUUAUGCAAAUGACAAAUGAAAAUAUUAGAAACAACGAUAACGAACCAGAUCUUUUGGAAAAUCACUUCGAGAAUAUUUACGAUGAUGUUGAUGAUAUUCAAAGUUGUAACGGGUUUUUCGAAUCAACUGUUUAAUAAUAGAAAACGACAAUAUUACUAAAAUUAUUGUAAAAAGAUGAAUAAUAUAACGUAUUAUAACUCAUUUUUAAUUGAAAAAAAUAAAUAUUUGUACGUCUAAUUGCUGUUUGAUUAUUAUUUAAAAACUUAUAAUAAUCAUGUUAAAAAUGUUGUACUCACAUGGGUUAAAUACUACAUAUAAAACAUAAGUUGCUAAAAUUAUGGUUGUUGUUAUUGAGGUGGAUGGAACUGUUCAUGCACCCAAGUAUUAAAUAAAUUGGGGAUAAAACGAAACGUAAUAAAAAUUCAAAAAUAUCCGUUAGACUUCAUGGAAUUCUCUCUAGAUGUUUUUUUCUUUUAAACGUCAACAAAUUUAAACCAAUCACAGUAUCAUAAGAAAAGCUAAAUCAUCACUUUGAAUUUUACUGUGAGUGUAAAGAGAC